AGAAUAUUUUGAAUAAUGGCGCGAAGGCUGUUGCUAUCUAGCAACUCAUCAGCCAAUCAGAUUACUCAAAUCAAACAGCAAAACAUUCGGGCUUCAGAGGACUAUCACUUGUUUCACUUACGGCAAAAAAUGCCGCCUCUGAAGGCAUUAAAAAAGAUCAGGCCAUCUACAGCCUCUGGAGUCCUACAAAGCAAUGAAAUUACUGGGAUUCUAGAUGAUAUUAGACCAGUUACUGCACCGGAUAAAGCCGUUGUAGGACUCGAUCCAACGUUUAUUACUUCUCGACAUCAUAUUCCUGGUGCACCGAUUAUCUCUCGUGUUCGAGGCCGACAAGUUCAUGGAGGGAUCCCCGAGAAUGAUUUCAAAUUUGGGAUCGCUAGGAGAGCUACGAUUGCAGGGUUCGAGGAGUUUGAGGAGCAUGAACAGCCGAAAAGGCCAUCGACUGCUGUAGGAUUGUCUAAACAGCUCAAGUUGGAAGACAGAAUAACAUUGGAUCAUCUGUAUCGCAUGCGCCAGGCAUUUGAGGAAGCAGAUUCAGAUGGUAAUGGCACUUUGGACUUAGAAGAAUUUAAAGAUGUCAUUCAAAAUUUAUUUGGAACCAAGUUCAAGAGUGUUGAUCAAGUUACAUCAUUGUUUAUGAAGAUUGACUCCUCAUCUGAUGGAGAAAUCAAUUGGGAUGAGUUUUGUACCUUUAUGCAGCUGGAGUAUGCUGAAAAAGAGGAUUCUUAUUUUAGAUCCAAAGAGACUUCCUUUGCAUUACCUGCAUUAAUAGAAAAUUCUCCUCAACGAGAGCAAGUCAUCAGAGUGUGUCACACGGUUGAUAACACCUUUCUUGUCGUUAGUCAGGAUGGCCUUGUGUCUUUUUGGUCCCAAAAUCUUGAGUUCAAGAGAAUGAAACAUAUUGAAAGUUCCUCGAAGAAAAACAAAUGGAUCACAGACUUUGCUCUGGUACCUCAGUAUAACAAGUUUAUUAUUUCUACUGGUGAUAGAGAAAUCCAGUUCUUUGAGCUUUCAACAUUUGAGCCAUACUGUCAGAUAAGUGGGCUGGAAACUACUCCUCUGCGACUAGACUACUGUUCUACUGGCCCAGAUGAAUGCAUUAUUAUAUAUGGCGAUAGUCAGGGGUGUGUCAACAUUUUUAUCUUGCGCUCUAUGGGCGAAACAUUAAGAAACUGGAAAAAGAUGCCAAAAGUAGAAGGCAUUGCAAGCGUUAAUAUCGACAGUGUGGUCAACUCUGAAAACACAAAGUUUAUAAGAUGGAAGGUCCACAAUGAUUGGGUAUCACAGCUUCGGUACUACGACUCUCUUCGAGCUGUCAUAUCAUGUUCCAAUCACCAAGAAACAGGCUUAGUUAUCGGGCAGACUACGGGUAGUACAGAAUCACAAAUGAACCCAACAAACGACCGAAGAAAAACCGCCACAACUGCAGCACGUGACACUCAACCUCGUCGCCGAUUGGACGCUGACCAAACUGUGUUUCGCGUUUACAAAGGCGUCAAGACUUUCGAUUUUUGUAAGGAAAAGAAUUUAAUUGUCACAGGAGGGAUGGAUCGUUUGGUAAGGAUGUGGAAUCCAUAUGUCCCAAGUAAACCAACAGGUAUCUUACGAGGACACACAGCACCUAUAUUUCAUCUAUUCAUUUCUCCUGAAGACGAUAGAAUAUUCAGUAUAUCUACCGAUAAAACCAUCAAGGUCUGGGACCUUCAUGACCAAACGUGUCUUUUAACCGUGAGGCCAAAGGCGCAUAAAAUUAGAGGUGAUUUAUCAGCCAUCCAUUACAAUCCGAUAUCCAGAGGUUUGGCAGUAGCAACAUCAGAUCAAGUCGCCUUACUACCCUUAAAAAUAAGACCCACGUCACGUGAGGUAACUACGACUCACAAAGAACCCGUCACGUCAAUCAAAUACAACAAGAGUUUUAAACACGUGUUAACAGCGUCUGAAGGAUCGGUUUGUCGCGUGUGGGACAUAGAGACUGGUAACCACGUGUUUGAAUUCAACCAACUCCACGGGGAUAGCGCUAUAACUUGUAUGUCGUUCGAUUCUACUGAGAGAAGGUUGAUAACAGGAGGUCGUGAUGGUCGCCUGCGAAUAUGGAAUUAUAACAAUGGACAUUGUCUUAGAACGUUAGAAAAAGAAAAGGAUAUAGACGAGGUUACAGACCUUGUUUACAUAGUCAUGCACAAAAACAGAUAUAUCAUAUCGGUUGGGUGGGAUAGAAGAAUAAACGUGUUCUCUGAUGAUAUCGAUGAUAUUCACCAUAUUCAACGCCCCUAUAUUGACUGGUCGGAUGACUUGUUAAACGGUCAUAAAGAAGAUAUUCUUUCAGUGGCUGUCUGUCCACCAAAUCUUCUAGCUACCUCCAGCUACGAUGGAGAGAUAAUAAUUUGGAAUCGUAUUUCGGGACACAUCUUCUGCCACAUCCAUUCUCCCCACAAGUGUAGAGGAAAUGAAGACGAUUUAUCAUCAUUGGAUGGAGGCAAUGCUAUUGACAGCCUGGUCUUUCUUACCAAGAGAUCCUCGAACAAGGAGUCAGCGACACUUGUUGCCAGCGGUCCACAGGGAUAUGUCCAUUUCUGGAAUGUGUACUCAGGGGGGACUCUGUACUCUGCUUUUAAACCGUCGCAGUACGGUAUGUGUACCAUGGCAACAGAUUCAGAAAAUAAAAGAGUGGUGACAGCAGAUUCAGCUGGAUUCGUGUAUGUAUGGAACAUCGAAGAUUAUUGCAUGAAUGGCAAAACCAAAAAACCGCCUGAACGAUUUAGCGGCUGGCGAGCUCACGUACAAGCAAUAACUGGGGUCGAGCUUGUAGAAGCGUACGGCGUUAUUUUAACAUCAUCGAUAGAUUGUACCGUCAGAUCAUGGACAUGGGAAGGACACUUCAUUG